ACCCCUCUUCCGCUCCCGGCGUAGAACAGGCCGGGCUGCGCUUGGGGUUGCCAUGGGGACGAGCACUAGCCGCACCUGGCUUGGGCGCCUGGAGACCGCGCCUUCUCCGGGAGGUACCGCUCCCCGGCCCUAGCCAUGGCGCAAGAGACUGAAAACUACGACCCCAUCGGAUCGAUCCUAAUCCAGGUCCAUGAAGACCUUUAUCAGUUAAAGGAGAAAUUAACAAAUUUCCCGCUUGAGGAAAAGGGAGAGACUCUAGACAUUCGGAAUCUUGAAACCGCAAUCAAAAGGACUGAAAUGGGGUUAAAAAUUCACAUCGAGAAGUAUUUAAAUGUUGUAAACCAUCAUGUGUUAACGACUCCUAUUAAUGAUGAUAAUUUAUAUUCUCCUCAUGCUUCCAAAUGGUUGCUUCCAGCUAUAAUUGAUCAGAAAUCAUUUAUUUUCCCUCUAGAAUCUGAGGGUAAACUUUGGCAACCCCAAAGACAGCACAGUACAUUUCCACAAGCCUUUCCAAGAAAAAAGCGAAAGAUAGGGUUGAAUGUAAAAAUCAUGCACGAUCCUGAAAACAUCCACCACAGAGGUGCUAUAAAUUCGACCUAUGGAAUCAGUUUGCCAUACAUUAAUCAGAGAAAAGCAUGUGUGGCUUUGAAGAUGAUGACUUUGACCUGCACCGAGCCAAAAAUGGCUCCCUUGAUGACCAAGGAAUUUGCCAGAGAAAUUUCUCCACCUUGGUCUGGGAAUAGAAGAAGUAAAAGAUCAAAUUACUCAGUUAAGAGGCUAUAUUAACCCAAGGAUCAGAAAAGGGGAGCUGGUUCUUUCCUACCCCCCCCCCAGGUUUAAUGAGAUAUAAUUGAGAAAUAAUAUUGUGUAAGUCUAGGGUGUCCAAUGUCAUGAUUUUGUACACAUAUAUACUAUACUGUGAAACGAUUACCACCUCUAUCACCUCACAUAAUUACCUUUCGUGUGAGUGUAUGUGUUGUGAGAACAGUUAAGGGCUACCCUCUAGAGCUGAUGCUUUUAAAGAUGGACACUUACUUCAGUUAGACUGUAAACUGUUUUGAGAACGGGGAACCUAUCUCCAACAUCAAACAUGGUGGCAGAUCUGGUAAGAAUCCAGUAUGAAUUUGCUGUUGGUUGGUGUGUAUGUGGUCAAUGACUUUGAAUAACAACUUGGUAAGGACCUCUGUAAUUGAGUUAGGCUGUGUCAAGUUAAUGUAAAGAAUGAAAUACCACGUACCUCAUUUGGCUACAUUUGUAACGCUCUCCUCUUUUCCGCCAUAAAAAUAUCUCCCCAGAUCUCUUCAGGUAGAAUUUUAUUUUCCCUUCCCUAGAUCAUCAUAGAGUGCUUUUAAAGCUUUACAUAUUAUGUCUCGAAUUUACUGAGCCACAUCAAAGAGCAACUGAAUAAAUAAAAAUAUAUCAUAUUCCUGAAAAGGAAAAAUGAUUAUAAUAAAAACUUCCAGUUGUUUCCAAAUUAAUAUUUAUAUCUAAUGUAAUUUCAAUCCAAAAACUUAUGGGUUUUAUUUGGUUUGUGUGGAAUAUUAAUUCUUUUCAACUUGCCAGUGUUCAUCAUCUUGAAAAAUAAAUGUGCAAAAGCUUCAGGACUUUUUUUCUCCUAAAGAAGAUUAAUGAAGGUAAAUUUUUCAUACAACUUGUUAAAACAUACGAUAACAUUAACAUAAUUAUAAUAGCAUCCUACGGAUAGAAAAAUUAACAGAUCAAUGGAAUAAAAAAAUGAGCACGGAUAUUGACCUUACUGUAAAAAAAUAAGUUUGAAUGUAGGAAAGGUGUAAGUUGGUGGGGAAGGGAGGGACAGUUAGAUGUGUGGGGCCAAGUCACUGGACUAAUGUGUUGGAAAGAGAGCAUUCAGUUAACUCCUAACUUUACAUCCUAAACCAAAGAAAACUCCUGAUGGGUUAAAGUAAAAUGUUUAAAAAAAAAAAUAAGAAAACUAUGAAAAGAGAACUAUUUUUCAGGUUAGCCAAAGGAAGAUUUUUUAAAACACCAUAACGUCACAUAAUAUUAACAAUCCCCUUUAUACGAAAAGUCCACAUUCAUAUUGGACCCCAAUCCUGAAUCAGUCACUAACUUCUAUGUGAUCUGGGGGCAAACGACUUACAUUCCUUGGGCCUUAGUUUGUUCAGUUGUAAAUUUAGGGCGUUGAUCACACCAUCCCUAAGAUUUCUUCUAGUUCCGACAGCCCAGGAUUCUGAUUCUGAGCAAAAUCGAUUCCCUUUGGUUCCCUUCCUUUCCCUUUUCUGACCAACACGACCUAUGAAACAGAAAAGCAGACCAGGUGAAACUGGUUUCUCUUCUGACCGUGGAAACAAAGUUCACAGGAGGUGUUGAUGUUUUUCUUUUUGCAAUUAUGCAUUUCACCAAGCAUCUGUGGAGUACCUGUUAUGUGCCUGAUGCUGUCACCACCUGACUUUUAUGUAUCACCACCUAACUUUUAUGUGUCACCACCUAUAAUACUCAGGGCAUGUUGGAGAGAUCACUAUUCGCAUUUCACAGAUAAGAACUUCAGGGCAUAGAGGUUAAAGUAUAUGACCAAGCCAUGUAAUUAAUAUGUGGCUCACUCAGAAUUUGGGCUUGUAUUUUCUUCUGACAUCGUGAUUCAGAGUCUAAGAAAAUUAUCCCAAGAGAAAUUGCAGGCAAAGGACAAAGUCUUACACACACACACACACACACACACACACACACACACACAUUACUAAUAAUAUUCCUUACAAAUCAGUUUCUCUACUAAUUAACUAAUGAAUAAAGUUGUAUUUUUUAAACAAGCUUAAUUUAUAUCUAGGGUUAAUUCUGUCACUGACUUAAGCAAAAAUAUCUGAACUGGAAGCGUUCCUAGCCUGCUUUCAGGUUUGCUUAGGCAUCUCUUCCGCAGAGUUUACUGAUACAGCAUAGAAAUUAUGGCAAAGCCCAGUGGAGUCAUUGAACUGAAAGUCUCAAUACUGCUCAGGAAGGGAUGCCAAAUUAAAUAAAAAGAGCCCCAGCAGUUCUGCAGCUGUGUGCCAAACCAACUGCUGGUAUGAGGUAAAUGAGGACCAAACUUCCUCUCACUUGUGACCCUUGCCGGUAUUUAAACACCAAUGCCCAGAGACCAGCACACUGUUCUAUAAUAAGGGAAUACAUCGCAAUAGCACACAUCAUUAUAAUAAAUAAUAAACCCAUUCACAAAGUCUUUCUUAGGUCUUAACUCAAAGGACCGCCGUUUAAACUCGCUUCCUCUCACGGGCCCCAAGUAAAGGUUGAGGCGAUCUAUUCUAUCUAAGUAUCAAUGUGUGAUCUGCAGCCCUAGGUUACAGAAAGAUUGCAUAGAACACAGAGGUCCUCCAGCUGCUUUCUUUUCAUAUCUAGUGACAGUGUUGGAGCGGUAGUGUGGUACAGUAUUCACCAAUAUGCCAAAAUCACAAAGGUAAGCAACUCAAGCCAUUCUUUCUUCUUGUAUGAGAUGUAACAGACAUGUAGAUGAAAUCCCAGUACUUUAUUGUUCUCUUGUAAUCAUUUUCCAGAAUAUUUUUUUUUUUUUGAGAGAGGGAGAGAGAGAAUCUCAUGCAGGCUCCAUGCUCAGCACAGAGCCCGACAUGGGGCUUGAGCCCACGACCCUGGGAUCAUGACCUGAGCUGGAAUCAAGAGUCAGAGGCUCAACCGACUGAGCCACCUAGGCGCCCUGCUUUUCCAGAAUUUUUAAAUUUCUACCAGAAUGCUACAAAGAAAUGCUGUUACAUUUAUAGAGAAAAAAGAACCACAGGAAGUAAUUAGACUUCUAUUUGUUAGUCUGAAUCCACCAUAAAAUCCCUGAGCCCAGUGUGUUUCAGGCUCCUUUGAAGAAACGUUUUACAAAAAACCAAGCUCUCCCUUAUCUUUAAAUUUUGAGGUAUGGCCUGAUACUAACAAAUCACAGCCAUGACCGUUGUUAGCUAUGCGUUAAUUCCUUGUCCAGAAUGCUGGUUCCUUGGAAUGACAAUAGGUGUUCCAUGAAAGAAAGAGUUUUGUGGUCCCAUAAAAAUGAGAAAUGUGA